GGGAUCUGUCCGCAGCGGGGGCUCCUGGCAGGUCCAUAAGGGGCCCCCGGCGUGGAGCUGAGCUGGGGCCGGCUCUAGCGGAGGCGCCUCCGGGCAGGGUUCUCCCGUGAAUCACUGAGGGUAAUGACAGCGUUCCGUCCUGCAGUGCGUGUGGCUCCGAGGCAAGCUUUGGGUGAACGAGUGCUUUGUUUUCAUGGACCUCUCCUUUAUGAAGCAAAGUGUGUAAAGGUUGCCAUAAAGGACAAGCAAGUGAAAUACUUUAUCCAUUACAGUGGUUGGAAUAAAAACUGGGAUGAAUGGGUUCCAGAAAGCAGAGUGCUCAAAUACGUGGAUACCAAUUUGCAGAAGCAAAAAGAACUUCAAAAGGCCAAUCAGGAACAAUAUGCAGAGGGGAAGAUGAGAGGUGCUGCUCCAGGCAAGAAGACUUCUGGUCUGCAGCAGAAAAAUGUUGAAGUAUUUUUCAGACGAGAUGGAGCGCAUACUGUUUGCUGUUUGGAGACCCCUACAAUAUCGACGCGGAAAACAAAAAAGAACAAACAGAAAACUCCAGGGAUUGGAGAAGGGAGCAGUACCAGUGAGACUCCUCAGCCUCCCAGGAAGAAGAGGGCUCGAGUAGAUCCAACGGUUGAAAGUGAAGAAACAUUUAUGAACAGAGUUGAAGUAAAGGUGAAAAUUCCAGAAGAGCUGAAACCAUGGCUGGUAGAUGACUGGGACUUGAUCACCAGGCAAAAGCAGCUCUUCUAUCUUCCUGCCAAGAAGAAUGUUGACUCCAUCUUGGAGGAUUAUGCAAACUACAAAAAGUCACGAGGAAAUACUGACAACAAGGAAUAUGCAGUCAAUGAGGUUGUGGCUGGAAUCAAAGAGUACUUCAAUGUCAUGCUGGGAACUCAACUACUGUACAAGUUUGAGAGGCCCCAGUAUGCUGAAAUCUUAGCGGAUCACCCAGAUGCUCCAAUGUCUCAAGUCUACGGUGCCCCACACCUACUGAGGUUAUUUGUACGGAUUGGAGCUAUGCUCGCUUACACUCCUCUUGAUGAGAAGAGUCUGGCUUUGCUGUUAAACUAUUUGCAUGACUUCUUAAAGUAUUUAGCAAAGAACUCCUCCGCCUUGUUUAGUGCCAGUGACUAUGAAGUAGCCCCUCCUGAGUAUCAUCGGAAAGCGGUAUAAUACUGUUCCGCUUCACAGCACCGUGAUACCUGGCUCCUUGUAGUACUGUCCACUUCACAUCUCAUUCUUCACCUUCCUAUUGCACAGAUCACAUACCCAUCAAGUGAAUAAAGUUGUGUCUUUAACGUGGAGCUGGCGGUUGUAGGUUUUGAAGAUUUCUUGCCCCGACACGGAAGCCUGGAGUUGAACGGGCACUCCUUGGUGUUUCUGGCUUGCUGCUGUUGUUUGCAUCAAAGGAAUGUAAAGAAUGCAUUGUGGUAUUUUGCUGUGGGGACUCCUCAGUGCCCUGGGUCUAUUUCAACAUUGAGAUUUGCUUCACUGCUCCGCUCUGUUGGGCUCAGACCCGUGAGGGCUGUGGUCACCUCGUGUUGGUGCUAUUGAGUAGUCUGCCUUUCAAACCCAUUUACUUUCUCGGUGUUGGAAGUAAAAUGUUUGGUCCAUACAUGUAUGCUUUUCUUUAGCUAGCUGAAGGACUGUGACUUUUUUAUAUCCUGACAGUAGGAGAAUGCAUUAUCUUGUUGUGGUGUCCUGGCAACGUUGGGCUCACAGAGCUGUCUUACAAACCUCCAAAUAAACUUUUUACAUUUCA